AUGUGUACUAAUCCUGCAUGCGGACCGGUGAGCUACUAUGGCAUACUGGAAAUGAGUACUCUCGACCAGCCCGGCCAUGAUGACCAAGUCAAGCACUCCCGCAUUGGCCAACAGAAUUAUUGGGACGAUGCAGCUGGCUCGUGGGAAUUUACAACUGCAUGCCAGCAUGCUGCUCUAUCGGACUUCUACGGCUUUACGAAUUGCUUGGUUACUCACCAAGAAUGA